GGUCAAGGUUGCACUUGCAGUAUUGCCAGUAGGACGCGACUGGAGCUCCGUUGACGCACAAACAGAGCAGCAGACUUAAUCAGCUGAGACUCUGUUGUUAACUUCUCCUGUUUGUGUUCACACCCCCCCGAGGAAUCUCUCACCUCACAGAAGCAGCCAUGGAUGAAAUGGAGGAAGAGUUAAAAUGCCCUGUUUGUGGCUCUUUUUUCCGGGAGCCCAUCAUACUGCCGUGCUCCCACAACAUUUGCCUGGCGUGUGCUCGGAAUAUUCUUGUGCAGACCCCGGACGCUGAGUCCCCACAGAGCAGCCGAGCCUCCGGAUCCGGCGUCUCUGACUAUGAUUACCUAGAUUUAGAUAAAAUGAGUUUGUACAGUGAGGCGGACAGUGGAUACGGUUCCUAUGGGGGCUUCAUCAGCACUCCGACCACCCCUUGCCAAAAAUCACCAAACGGAGUGCGGGUUUUUCCACCGUCUGUCCCCCAGCCUCCUCCGCAGCACCUGCUACCGCAGCCCAGCUCUUUACCCCCGAUCCCCCGCAACUCCUGCAUCACUUGCCCGCAGUGUCACCGCAGCCUAAUCCUGGACGAGCGGGGGCUCCGCGGAUUCCCCAAGAACCGGGUGCUGGAGGGAGUUGUGGACAGGUAUCAGCAGAGCAAAGCGGCCGCUCUCAAGUGCCAGCUCUGUGAGAAGAGUCCAAAGGAGGCCACCGUGAUGUGCGAGCAGUGCGACGUCUUCUACUGCGACCCGUGCCGCCUCCGGUGCCAUCCUCCCCGCGGUCCCCUCGCCAAGCAUCGCCUGGUGCCGCCAGCGCAGGGGCGGAUAAGUCGCCGCACGAGUCCGCGCAAAAUCUCCACUUGCACAGAGCACGAACUGGAGAAUUUAAGCAUGUACUGUGUACAGUGUAAGAUGCCCGUGUGCUAUCAGUGUUUGGAAGAAGGCAAACACGGCACACAUGAAGUAAAAGCUUUGGGCGCAAUGUGGAAACUGCACAAGGGUCAGCUGUCUCAGGCUCUCAACGGCCUGUCAGACCGAGCCACUGAGGCCAAGGAGUUCCUGGUUCAGCUGAGAAACAUGGUGCAGCACAUCCAGGAGAACGGCGUGGAGUUUGAGGCCUGUUUGGUGGCGCAGUGCGACGCCCUCAUCGACGCCUUGAACCGACGCAAGGCCCAGCUGCUGUCUCGAGUGAACAAAGAGCACGAACACAAACUGAAGGUGGUUCGGGAUCAGAUCUCCCACUGUACGGUGAAGCUGCGUCAGACCACAGGGCUGAUGGAGUAUUGUCUGGAAGUCAUCAAGGAGAAUGACCCCAGUGGUUUCCUGCAGAUCUCCGAUGCCUUGAUCCGGAGGGUAAGCAUGACAGAGGGCCAGUGGGGGAAAGGAACCCUCACCCCCAGGAUGACCAGCGACUUCGACCUCACUCUGGACAACGGCCCCCUCCUGCAGACCAUCCACCAGCUGGACUUUGUCCAGAUGAAAGGCCGUAAUCUGGCCUGGUUUUUCUUCUCCUCAGUCCCAGCUGCUCCCAUGCUCCAGCUGGAGGAAUGCUGCACUCAGAACAACAGCGCCACGUUGUCAUGGAAACAGCCGCCACUCUCCACCAUCGCCGUGGAUGGCUACAUUCUGGAGCUGGACGAUGGAAACAUGGGGCCGUUCAGGGAAGUGUACGUGGGGACGGAGACCAUCUGCACAGUGGACGGGCUCCACUUCAACAGCACAUACAAGUCCAGAGUAAAGGCCUUUAAUGCCAGCGGAGUGGGCCAGUACAGCAAGACGCUGAUCAUGCAGACCUCUGAGACUGGACUCCCUCCAUGUGAUAUUCAAUCUAUAGGCACAGUCGCUUGGUUCACCUUUGACCCAGCCUCCGCUCACCCGGACAUCGUCCUCUCCAACGACAACCUGACGGUGUCGUGCAACAGCUACGACGACAGGGUGGUCAUGGGUAAUUCUGCCUUCUCCCGCGGCGUUCAUUACUGGGAAAUGACCGUGGAUCGCUAUGACAACCACCCAGACCCGGCUUUUGGGAUCGCUCGGGCCGACGUGCUGAAAGACGUGAUGCUGGGGAAGGACGACAAGGCCUGGGCCAUGUACGUGGACAACAACCGGUCCUGGUUCAUGCACAAUAACUCACACACUAACAGGACGGACGGCGGCAUCGGUAAAGGAGCUACAAUAGGAAUUCUACUGGACUUCUCACGCGGCAUCCUCAUCUUCCUCAUCAAUGAUGAGCAGCAGGGUCCAGUGGCUUUUGAAGGCUUGGAGGGCGUCUAUUACCCCGCUAUCAGUCUCAACCGAAAUGUCCAGAUCACACUGCAUACUGGUCUACCCAUCCCUGACUUCUACUCUCCCGGAGACGCAGAUCCCGCUGACUCUGUGUGCUAAAGACUCACCACCACCACCGGCUAGGGAAAACCUCUCCAGGAUUUCCUAGGGUUCAUCAUGCUAGUCAAUGACUAUGAUCCAACCCUCCCCCUUUCCUUCCCUCCCCCUCCCCCUCCCCACCUCCUCUUGUCCCCCUGACCGACUGACCCCAUGACUCUCUGUAAGAGGCCCCAUCCAGCGCUGAGCCAUGCCUUUAUCAUGCCUAAACCUUGGACACAUGAACUAUCUGCAGGACAAAAAUGGACCGUGCUUUGCAAUGUGUACCUUGUAUUUUGACCAGAUUUACAGUUGAGGAAGAUGAAAUCCUGUUAUAAUAAUCUCAAACUGAUGAACUUGGAAUUAUGUGCAGGGAUCAGAAUAUCUGUUUAAAGGAAUGGUUUGAUAUUUUGGAAAAUAUACUCAUUUCCUUUCUUGCAGAGGGUUAGAUGAGAAGAUUGACACUAAAUUUGAAGCUAGUGUUAGCAGUCAGUUGGCUCAACCUCAAACAGGGAAACGGCUAGCCUGGCUCUGUCAAAAGUUCACAAAUAUGUCGCCCAACCACUUCUAAAGCUCACUUAUUAAACUACUCUAUCUCAUUUGUUUAGUCUGUACAAAAAAAUGACGUGUAAAAAUGACAUGUUGUGGUUUUAAGGGCACAAAUAUAGUCACAUAACACCAGAUAAAUAAAACCAGAAUGUCUCGUUUUUACAUUUCAAUUUUAAACUAACAAGUUGUACUGUAAUGUGCUAAUUAGUGAGCUGUAGAGAUGCUGCUAGCCUGGCUUUGUCCAAAGCAGGCUAAGCUAACAGCCUGCUGGCUGUAGCUUCAUAUUUAGAGUACAGCCAAUGAAAGUGGUAUCACUUUUCCUAAAAUAUUGAACUUUUUCUUUUUAAGGAAGGAGUUUGUUUUGUAAAUGAGUUGACUUGGAAAAAUUUGCCCCCAGCAUACCAUCAGCAUACAGUUCAGUAUAUCUUAUUCUUCUUUCUUAUUUUACAUUAACAAGCACAAUAUCCUGUAUAUAUUACUUUCCUGCCGUCAGUCUCGAACAUCCUGACACAUUUAAAACACCAGGGAGACCAUGAGAGGGGGUCUUUUGUGUGUUUGUGUGAAUGUGUGUGAGGUGGGGGUGGAUCGGUUGAGGCAGGUCAGCAGCUGCUAUCCUCCCUGCACCAGAACUCUCAGCCGCGUCACUGUCCUAUCCUCACCUGUGUACCUGAGACGCUUUUCUUAUUGGCUUAGCUUGUGUGAUCCUUCUGUAUCGUCUGUAAUUUAAAAAAAAAUUAUAUAUAUAUAUAAUUUUUUUUACAGCAUCGCCAUGUAAAAUGCUACUGGAAGCGAGGCCUUCUUGCAGCCUUUCUUUGCGGUGCAGUUCUCAGAACAGGAGGGAUGGAUUUUGGUUUAAUGUAUCAUAAAAGCGGGCUAUUCCGUGUGUUGACAAUGGGUUAAAGAUGAUGACUGUGAAGCUCUUUGAAUAAGGUGCUACAGCAGCUCGCUUCAUUCUGGCUUUUUUUACUGUAGGUGACUGAAUCCUGGUAGUUUUGUAAUAUUGUUAUUGAAAUGAUCUAUUACAAAGAGGUGUAUAGCUAAGUAAGUUAUUGAUGUUCAGCAUUGUUUCUUUAUUUCAUGUAUAGUUAUAAACAGAAGGAAAGAAAGUGUAUCUUUUUGUCCCUUUUGAAAAUGUAGUUUGGAGUUUUUGAGGCUUUUCAGUAAUCGUGAGAACCAGUUUAUGUCAGACUAAAGCAACAGGAACGGUGAUGAUGUACUGGGAUGUUCCUGUGGCAUCGCAUUUGGGCAACAGCCUCAACAUGCAACAAUGAAGCCAUGCUAGCAGCUCUGCCAAUGCUGUACAGUGGUGCUUUGAGAUAAAUGCUAACCCUAGCAUGCUAACAUGCUCACAAUGACAAUACUAACAUGCUGAUUUUUAUCGGGUAUAACGUUUACCAUGUUUACCAUUGUAGUUAUUUGCUAAUUUGCAGUAUACACAAAGUACAGCUCAGGAUGAUGGGAAUGUCAUUAAUGUUGCAGGUAUUUGAUCAUAAAUCAAAUUCUAUGGCAACAUUUUUUGACCUGAUGAUCACCAACAAUUUAUCCGGGAAGGAACCAUUAUUGUGUGUACCAAACUUAAUUGCAAUCCAACCAACAGUUACUGAGAUAUUUCACUCAAAACCACAAAUGUCAACCUCUUGGCAAUGUUUGUACAAGAUGUCUUAUGAAUCCAUCCAAUAGUUGCUGAGAUAUUUUAGUCUGGACCAAAGUGGUGGACGGACCGAUCGACAUGGCUAUCCCUGGAAACAGAGCAAUAGCAUGGCUUAAAAAAAAAAAAAAAAAAAA